UUCUUACUCGGCUUCCAUUUUGUUCCUUACUUUUUCUUCCGUGAAACAUUUGAGGUCUGAUUGUCGUUGUGUAUAUUAAUCGACUCGGAUAUAUCAAUCCGUUUUGAAUAUCGAGCGAAUCCACGUUGACUUUUAUUCGGAAUGAGGAGGGCAAGACUGCAGUUCGAUUAGAGAGGCUGAAGCGGUUGGUCAUGUCUGAGGUCCGCCGGGCCGGUCCGCUGCGCAGGUUUGGAACGCGCGCCAUUUUGUAAAAUUUACACAAAAAAGGAAGAAGUAGCUGGAUGAUGAUGAGAUCUCCCCCAAGAGACACAGCUAGCUCGCCAUCGGUUAAUAUGUUAUUUACGGUAAUUAUGAGCUUCAAAUGCGUGUGUCUUGUAACGUUAUUACGCGACGCGCGUCACUGACAGCCAAUGCCUUCUCAACGAGGGUCAAAAUGUAGCUGUAUUUCUGAUCGGAUAAGUUUGUGUUGACGGAGAGGCGCUGUUGAUUUUUUUUUUUUUUGGAAAGGAGUUGACACAAAGUCAGACGACUCAGGGUUGAAGCUCCAUCGAACAUUUUAAUAUACAAGGAUUGUAAAAAAAAAAAAAAAAAAAAAAAGAAGAUCUCGGGAUUCUUCGCGCGUUUUAAACGUAAAAGGAUAUUUUUUUCUCUCAUCCACAGAGGGACACGUAGCAACAAGAUCCCCUGUGUUUUUGUUUACAUCUGGAUCAAUGCAUGCAAUCAAAGUGGAGAUCCACACCAAUGAUCGAGCAAGUUGAAGAGAAAUUCGAACAUCGACCGUUAAAAGACCCUGCUGAGGCACCAGGGCUUUUCUCACAUAUAUACAACUUCAAAGUUGGUUCAGUGAACUGUGGUUUGCAGAUGGACUCCUCUGCCAGGAUGAUAUGAGAUUUGCCAGAGGACGAUGCAUACAGGAGGAGAGACCUCAGCAUGCAAACCCUCGUCUGUCCGGCUUGCUCCCUCGUUUUCGUUCAAUGCGGCAGAUGUGCAGAUGGCUGCGCAGACGCCCCAUUCUCACCCGCCAUUCAGUGACGGCCACCAGGCAAGCGCUGACGCGCCGGCCGCCGUGCUGCCCUACGGCCCACAGGCCCCUCAGCUCAACACCACCCAGGUGACUGCUGAUGUGGUGAUGUUACAAAGGCGGAUCCCUCAGUGCUUUCGGGAUCCGGCCACAGCCCCCUUAAGAAAGCUCUCUAUUGAAUUGAUCAAAACUUACAAACACAUCAAUGAGGUUUACUAUGCAAAAAAGAAGCGGCGGCAUCAACAAGGCCAAGGGGAAGAUUCUAGUAAUAAGAAAGAAAGGAAAAUCUACAAUGACGGUUAUGAUGACGACAACUUUGACUACAUUGUUAAAAAUGGCGAGAAAUGGUUGGAUCGCUACGAAAUAGAUUCAUUAAUAGGCAAAGGCUCCUUUGGACAGGUUGUGAAGGCCUAUGACCGCUUGGAGCAGGAGUGGGUUGCCAUUAAGAUUAUAAAGAAUAAAAAGGCUUUUUUGAACCAAGCACAGAUUGAAGUACGGCUCCUGGAGCUCAUGAACAAGCAUGAUACAGAGAUGAAGUACUACAUAGUUCACCUAAAGCGGCACUUCAUGUUUCGAAACCACCUCUGUCUGGUGUUUGAGAUGCUGUCCUACAACCUGUAUGACCUGCUCCGUAACACAAAUUUCCGCGGGGUAUCUCUAAACUUGACGCGGAAGUUUGCGCAGCAGCUCUGCACGGCACUGCUCUUCUUGGCCACACCUGAGCUCAGCAUCAUCCACUGUGACCUCAAGCCUGAGAACAUCCUGCUCUGCAACCCCAAGCGAUCAGCCAUCAAGAUUGUUGAUUUUGGCAGCUCCUGCCAACUGGGACAACGGAUAUACCAGUAUAUUCAGAGUCGUUUCUACCGCUCCCCUGAGGUGCUGCUGGGCAUGCCAUAUGACCUGGCUAUAGAUAUGUGGUCACUGGGCUGCAUUCUGGUGGAGAUGCACACCGGAGAGCCUCUGUUCAGCGGAGCCAAUGAGGUGGACCAAAUGAAUAAAAUUGUGGAAGUUUUGGGGGUCCCUCCCAGUCAUAUACUCGACCAGGCGCCAAAAGCAAGGAAGUUCUUUGAGAAGAUGUCUGAUAGCACGUGGUGCACAAAGAAGACCAAAGAUGGGAAAAGGUAUAAGCCGGCAGGCUCACGUAAACUGCACAAUAUUCUGGGUGUGGAGGCCGGGGGGCCAGGCGGCCGGAGAUCAGGCGAGUCAGGCCAUGCCGUUGCAGACUAUCUGAAAUUCAAGGACCUGAUCUUGCGGAUGCUGGACUAUGACCCGAAGAGUCGCAUCCAACCAUACUAUGCGCUGCAGCACAGCUUCUUCAAGAAGACAGCCGACGAGGGCACCAACACCAGCAGCAGUGUGUCCACUAGCCCUGCACUGGAGCAGUCUCAAUCCUCUGGAACCACGUCCAGCACUUCCUCCAGCUCAGGAGGAUCUUCUGGAACGAGCACCAGUGGGCGUGCCCGCUCUGACCCCACCCAUCAGCAUCGGCUAAGUGGAGGACAUUUCAGUGCUGCAGUAGGCAUGGACUGCCACAGCCUCUGCCCUCAGGCAAGGCAGGCGUUUGGGCCCUCCCUGGGUUGGGUUGGAGGAGAUGGGCUCCAACAGGCAGCCGGAGAGACUCAUCCAGUCCAAGAGACCACUUUCCACUUGCCUCCCCACCAGCCCAAACCCCUUCACCCACACAGCUCUCAUCACCAUCAUCACCAUCCCCAUGCCCAUCACGGCCAGCAUGGGCAAGGCCCGGCACGCCCACGCCCUCGCAUCUACUCGCCCUCACACAGCGGCGCCUCCACGCAGGACUCCAUGGAGGUGUCGCAUGGCCACCUGUCCAUGACCUCGCUGUCUUCCUCGGCCUCGUCCUCAUCUACGUCGUCGUCGUCUACAGGCAACCACCACCAUCACCACCCACACCAGGCCUACCAGAGUCGCCCGCUGCCACUGGGCAUAGGCUACGGGCACGCCUUUUCCAACCCACGCCAGGAAACGGGCACAGCCGGACACUCUGCAUACCCACUCUCUACGAACUCGGGCUUCAUAGCCGAGACUCAUAUGGGCCUGCGUCAGGGCCUGGACCGUGAGGACUCACCCAUGGCUGGUGUAUGUGUGCAGCAGAGCUCGGUGGCCAGCUCCUGACUACGCUGAGAGGACCGCUUUUCCCCCUCUGUGUGUGUGGUUUUUUUUUUUUAAAAAAA